CACUGACCGGAUUUACCAUAAUUGAUAUUAAGCAUAUGCGGUGAAAUCUAUUUAGAGAAAACGAUCGUGUUAAUUAAGGAAACUAUUUUCCUUUAUUUCAUCAAUUGAAUUAAGUGUAAAAAUAGAGAGUGUACCGCGCUUAAAUGUUUGUUAAUUUCCAACCGGAAGACAAGUGCUCGUUUUACUCUCUCUCAAAUGGAGCCCGGAGAGAAGGUCCUUUCAGAUGUUCAUUUGUACCACUCAAGCGAAUUUUUGUCAACAAAAUUCAAUAAUUCUGUGACAAGAUUUGAAAUCAAGUUACCAUCAGGUGAUAGUGACCAGGCUGGAGACAAUGCUGUACAAUCUGAGGACAGCGUUGACACAACUGGACAAACAGAAGACAGAACGUUGCAGACAGAACGCUGUAGUGUGGAGACGGAUGAGGAUGGUGACCUGAUUCUCCGAAGGUGUCAGGACAAUGAAAAUACAACAGUGGAGAGAGAUCGUCAUCCAUGUUUGGAGACGGAUGAGGACGGUGACCUGAUACUCCAGAGGUGUCAGAACAAUGAAAAUACAACAGUGGAGAGAGAUCGUCAUCCAUGUUUGGAGACGGAUGAAGACGGUGACUUGAUUCUCCAGUGGUGUCAGAACAAUGAAAAUACAACAGUGGAGAGAGAUCGUCAUCCAUGUUUGGAGACGGAUGAGGACGGUGACCUGAUUCUCCAGAGGUGUCAGAACAUCGAAAACAGAACAGUAAUAACUUUAGAACACAGUCUUGCAACAGAACUUAAGGAUGUCGGUGAACAGGUUUGGGCAGGAGCCUUGGUUCUAUGUGAUUUCAUUCUGCAUCAUAUGUCCGACUUCUGUCAGAAGGUUGUCCUUGACCUUGGAGCUGGUACAGGAUUGACGACAAUAGUAGCAGCCAUGACAGCGAAAACCGUUUACUGUACAGAUGUAGGUGAGAGUGUGCUUGGUAUGGCUCUACAUAACAUACAGCUAAAUACUGACCUGACAUUGAACUGUGACAUUGUUGUCAGGGAACUGGACUGGUGUCAGGGCACACUUGUACAAGGUAAAGGAAAGUUUCAACUGACUGAGUCGGACAUUACAGACAUCUUACAAGCUGAUAUCAUCAUUGCUGCUGAUGUAAUCUAUGAUGACGGCCUGACUGAUGCCUUACUAAAUACAAUACACAUGCUGAUGUCACAAGGACCAGCUAAGACCCUUUACAUGGGACUGGAGAAAAGAUUGGUGUUCACCCUGUCAGAUCUAGAUAUUGUCUGCCCUGCCUAUACCCACUUCCUUGAAGGCCUAAACAGACUGACACAGCUGGGCUGUAAGGGGAGACAACUCCUUUACUCCAAGGUGGAUGAAGACCUGCCCAUGUAUCUCAACUACAACAGAACUAAACAACUGGAAAUUUGGAAAAUUCAGUCCAUUAUACCAAAUGGAUGACUGCUUACAUCAUGCCAUAUUCAUUACGAGAGAAAUGAAGGUGUAUGGGGGCAGCAAUGGCUCAGUCGAUUAGUGUAUUUGCCUACAUGACCUCCAAGUCAUGAUCCAAGAUGCGUGGUUCGAUGCUCCCUACCUGUGUCGGUUUGUAUUUCUCGGGAAGCUGAGAAACAGGCCAGUCUGUGCUGUCGUGGUUGUGUCCCUGGGCAAAACACUUCAUCCUAAUUGUUCUGGGUUGCAUGCAACAGGCCUUCCGUAUGUUGUUCAGUGAGGUAGUCACCAACUACUACAAGGAGAUCCCUCUUCAAAAUGACCCUUACUGUUCACGGGGCUAUAAAUCUCACAACAUACAAUCCUGUGCAUGGAAACUUAUCAAUAAUGGUGUAGUUUCUUGGAAUAAAAUCAGUUAAAGUAUCAGCCAAUUAAACUCCAUGCUGCAGAUUCAUUUCAGAAGCCUGACGACUAUGAAUCACCGUCUUCAACAAUAGUUUAAAUAGGUGAAGGACGAAGAUGGAGGGUGUACAAUGUACAUUUGUCAUUAAAGAAAAUAAGAUCCAAUGUCUGGUAUAGGUAGUUCUGUAUGUACGCUAGUGUCCCUAGGAUGGAUUCAAAAUGAAAUACACGAGUCUGGUUUAUAACACUUCAUAAACAAGGAGUACACAGAUUUAAUUGUUUACAUAUUUUGACAUACUAAGUAUGCCGUCCUCAGAACCUGUACGCUAAUACUAGGUAUGCCGUCCUCAGAACCUGUAGGCUGUAUACAAUUAAACUUAUUGAUGAUCUACCUAA